AUUGCUAGAGAGUUCGCAAAAAUAUCAUUUAGCCAAGGUUGUGAAGAAUUGAAGUUAACAAACGUUUUUUUUUAAAAAAAUUGUUGCUUGUAGACUUUGUAAAGAAAAUAAAAGUGUUCACGCCGGUAAUCCUUAAAAAUGGAAAAGGUUAAAAUAACCAAGUUUAUGCCAACUAUAAAACAAAUGAAAGAUAUGGUUAUCAAAGAAGUAACUUAUUUGGAGAAACAUACCAACUCGAGAUUUACCGUCACAGGAAGGCGAAUUCCGAAGUGGGGAACAUGGGUGAACAAUUGGCGUAAGUUAUUUUAUUAAUUCUUUUCAAAACAAAUAAUCAUAACGAUCUAAUAAGCAGAUAGUAUCAUAUUUAAAACAUAACAAUGUUUUCAAUAAUAACACAGAGUCCAAAGUCGUGAACUCAAAUUGCAUUUAAGCAUGAUCCUGCUGCUAAAAUUUAAUGAAUUUAAUAAAUGCUUUUACUUCAGACUAGUACUAAUUUUAACUUUAGGCUAAGUCUCAAAUCUGGUCAAUGCAAAGAAAGGAUGCCAUGAUGUCAUUUGCAUGUUUAUUUAAGUCGUGUAAGAGUCACUUCCCUUUGUUUAUUUUUAGAGAAUUAUUUGUUUAUGUAUUAGUAUUCAUAUGCCGAUGGCAUGUUUUGUAUUAAAAUUUUAAUUGGUUGAUUAAUUAUAAUUUUAAAAUUUCAUUGGUUGGGUCAUUAUAAAUAAAUAAUAUAUUUUUAUCCACCAUAUUUGAUGGAUUUGGGCUUCACGUCUAACCUUGUAUUGUACCCGGUAUUUUAUUUUUUUUUAAAUUUUUUUUCAGUUGAACCUGAGAUAAAGUUUGUAAAAGUGUAUUCCAUGAAACUGUAAAUUGGGUUUUCAUUAUUUCUUUAUUUUAUAAAUAUUUUUGGCCAUUUUUUUUCUUCAGUUUUUUUGUUUAUUUUCCUAGUUUUUAGGGUCAAAACCCAGGUUAGUAUAGGUUAGGGAGAGGGUUAAAACUCUGGUUCCAAUAGGGUCAAAACCCUGGUUCCGAUAGGGUCAAAACCCUGGUUCCGAUAGGGUCAAAACCCUGGUUUCUUUAGGGUCAAAACCCUGGUUCCGAUAGGGUCAAAUUCCAGGUUAGGGAUAGAUUUAGGGUUCAGGUUAGGUUUAAUGAUCGAUUUAGGGCUGAUUUUAGUUCAUUAAAUUUUCGCCUUUUUCAAAAACAAAAAGAUUUAUUUUUUUUUUUUUUAGCUUUUUACAUUUUUUUGACGAACUUUUCCAAAAUAUGCUAUUAAUUUCAUUUUUUUCCCCCUUUCAUUUCUUUUUUGUAAAUUUCCUCAUUUCCCUAUUCUCCUAUCUUUCUGUAAGUUGUUUAAUUAACACAUUCUUCUCCCUCCCCCUUUUUUUUUAUCACACAUGUUUUGCACUCCUUUUUUUUUGCCGCCAUCUUGGUUGACACGACCUGUGACUUCAGGGGACGUGUCAACCUAGAUGGCGGCCAUUUGGGAAAGCACGGCAUCCCUUCUUUGCAUUUACCCUUAAUCUUAUAUUAUUUAUAUAAUUAUUGAUAUCAUUCAUUUAAAUAUACCACAUUGCAAUGAGUGUGUCACAAAAAAUGUAUUAGUAUUAAUUAUGGCUGGUGUUAUAGUAUAGUUAUAUGAAUAUGCUGAUUAAGUUCAAUACUCGGAGGUCGAGAUUCCAUCUCUUAGGACCUCUGGCCGCGAAACAUAGCCCAGUAGUCCCUGGGGACUCCGGCCAUGCAACUCGGCCUUGAGUAAAUAUGAAUAUGCUAUACAAUACAAUACUAUUACUAAUUAUAGUCAGUAUAAAAGUAGAGACCUAACCGUGUCUUCUAUUGUCCUAUUGCCAGUAUUGAAGGACCUAUCUGUGCCUCGUUACUAGAGACCAAUUUAAAAAAUAUAUAUAUACACAAAUAACCCACAGGUUCAACUCCUUACAUAUAUAAGUGGUCUAAGGAAGAAGAGGCAAUCUUGCCAAAGCAUUACGUUGAUAGAUGCAGAGACUUCAUGACAAGAGAUCAAAUACCCAUACACUGGCGUCCCAAUCCUGCACGUUACAGAACAGAUGAAGAUUCAGGUGAAAGGUAAGUUCAAAUUCUAUUUCAUUCCUGGCUCUUAGUAUACUGUUACGCACUGACUUCUAUUAUUUUAAAUUUAUGGCUCGUUUAAACAGUGCCUAACAAAGGAUGAUACCAUAGAGAAAUACAAAUGCAAAAAUACGACACCCAAAACAGUACCAAUCACAAUAAGAUUUAAUUCAGUAAUAAUACAAUUACAAAACAAAAGAAAUAUAAUUACAAAUCAUCAACUUACAGAGUAUUGGAAAAUCUCGUCCCAGUACACACUAGUACAAUGUUCCAAUUAAUAAUGAUGAAUGCGAGUAACACAUAUGAGCACACAAAGAAUAAUACACAUCUCGUGAAGUUAAAAAUACCCAUCAAUCUCCGUCCUUCUGUGUCUGUCAAUCAUUUAUAUAUGUGGGUCUACCGAUGCGUCUAGAAACACCCCUACUUUUCUAAUACAAUUGAGAACCUUCGACAAGAUACUAGUAGACCUACUAACCAUGUUAACUUGUCUGUAGUAAACACGAUACAUCAAAGACUAAGCCACGCCCACAACAAACGCUACCGUCUGCUAGGGAUCUAAUGUGGGGUGAAACAAAGCUAAAGCACUGGAAAAGUGUACUACAUAACAAUACAAAAAAUAAAACUUUCAUAAUUUUUUUAAAAUGUUGAUUUUUAAAGUCUUAGUUCUAGAAAAAAAACUAUUUACUAUUUACACCCCCUUGUCCAUAAAGUAUGUCACGCUCCAGACUUUGUGACGGUGAGGAGACAAUGUGUGACGACAAUCAUGGGGUGGGGGGUAAACAUUUGCCAAAAAAUAACGUGGCGUACUUUAUGAACAGCCACUUAUUCACAAACUUUUUAAGCUUUAAGAAAAUCUUGCUUCAGCUAGAUGAGAUGGUAUAAAAAGUACAUGAUUGAUUUAGCUAGAUGAGAUGGUAUAAAAAGUAUAUAAUUGAUUUAGCCAGAUGAGAUGGUAUAAAAAGUAUAUGAUUGAUUUAGCUAGAUGAGAUGGUGUAAAGAGUAUAUGAUUCCUUUAGCCAGAUGAGAAGGUAUAAAGAGUAUAUGAUUGCUUUAGCAGCAACAAGUAUUUUGCUACUAACAUUAGAAUUAUAUUAUUAACCAGUGAAAGUGUUCCUGUUUGUGUGGAGUGGUUUUUCAUUUCUUACAACAUGCUAGAGUUUUACCCAGCCCCACAAAUAAAAUUUAUGAUAUAGUACUUUCGUCAAAUGGAAUUUAGGAUAUAGGGGACCGGUACUCUCCACUUUCCACAAACAGAACUUAGGAUCUAGUACUUUUCACUUUCCAAAAAUGAAAUUUAAGGUCCAGUACUUUCCACUUUCCACAAAUGGAACUUAGGAUCUAGUACUUUUCACUUUCCAAAAAUGAAAUUUAGGAUCUAUUACUUUUCACUUUCCAAAAAUGGAAUUUAAGUUAUGAAAUGGUAAGAUCUGUUGACAACCUGAAUGAUAGAUCAUUUGAAGGAGCUGAGUAUUGCUGGCGUGUGGGGAUGUGGCCACAUUCCAUAUUCAAAUAUUGUCUGUUAGACUGCAUCAUCAAUACCAAAACAGCCCCAUUAUUCUAUUCUAACCUGUGGGAUCAUCUCAUUGUUAAAUAUGCUUUCCAUAUUUAUUUAUUUAUUUUAAAAAAAACACUUGAAUUGGACUAAUUAUGUUAUUUUCUUACAGAAUUCCUGUCGUGAAUUUACCUGUCCCAAUUGUGUUUCCCAAAGAGUGCAAUCUGGGACUAUGGGGCGGUGAAGGCAUUAUCUUUGGCUACUACAAGAAAGACAUACCCAAGAAGAGGCUCAAGCUUGGCACGUGAGUGUACUGUCAGCCUUUUAAAAAAGUCAACUUUUGCGAAACUUAAAAAUAUUUUCAGUGAUAAAGCCAGCAUAAUCUAACUGUUAUGUUUGCAAUUGUUCACCUGUACUUCAUUGGAAGACCUUCCGGUCUGUUCUGUAACUAAGCAAGUUGUUCCACAAAUCAAUUGCAAACACUUAAACAGUGGCAUUUUCUUAUUAAAUGUAUGUUAAUGUUAAGUCUAGUCUAGCUAUAAACGACUUGUGACACUUGGCAUGGCUGACAUGUGAACGAACCCCUACAAAAUGAGCCGCUUCUAUCAGACUAUCAGGGGUCCCAAAAUAGCUUUCAGUAUUCAGAUUGGCCAAACAUCCUUUUGUUACCUGAACCAAUCUAAAACUUGACGUAUAAUCCAUUUUGUGGAAAUUAGAUGUGUUGGAUGUUUCAUUAAUUACAAAACCUUUGUUUAUAUUUGUUAUUCAAUUUUGAAAGCGUAAAUGUGAACCACAAGUAAUUUGAACAUAAUUGUGCACACUUUACCCUAUGCUACAGGUAUCCAAGACUCUGGCGACCUUACCUGCAAAAAAAAGUUUUAUACAGUGAAAUCCUCGACAGGUGGAUGUCCAUCAACAUAACACCAAGAACAUUACACCUGGUUGAUGAGUCGUUUGGUCUGGACUUUUACAUUCUCAAGGUAGAUUUUAUCAUUUUCUGUGGAGGUUGCAUUAUUCUUUAUUGCACAUGCAUUAUUCUUAAAGUACCAGUACUGCACAUGCAUUGUUCUUUUAGUGCCAGUACUGCACCUACAUUGUUCAUCAAGUACUGCACAUGUAAUUUAAUUUAGUUUAUUGUUAAAUCUGUUUUAAGAUUUGUAGUUCUCAGCCAUUGCAGCAUCACUUGGCUUCAGUAAUGAUAGCUAUUGCUAGUGUAAUGUAACUAUCAAUACUGAGGAGUAAUGGAACUAUUCAAAUUUCAGAAAUGACACAGUCUCUACUUCUGAUUAGAGAGGAUAAGGUGAUAGUAAAAAAAAAAUAAAAAAAAUGAUGUGCUUAUCUAUGUUGACAUGGAGCAUAUAUUUUUUUCAUGGUGAAUAAUUUUUUUCCUGUAACACUUGCUUUUUCAGUCUUCUGUAAAUAUGCUGUCCAUUAUAUUGAAGAAUUGUUUCGAUGAUUAAACAUGUAACAUAUUUUUGGAAACCUGACUAAAUUAUCGGCAGUAUUUUCUUUUCAGUAUAGUUUUACCAUUGAAUCUAAAUCAUCUUUUCUCACACAGCGACACACCCCGAAACCUUCAUCUAAACACUGAACAUUUUAAUUCAGCCACCCUGCCUCUUUAAUUUUUUUGUUCCAGACCCACGAGGUGGACCUCUGCUCCAGACUUGCCAUGACACUCAAGAGAGAAAUGUUGUUGGCACUAGUCAGGAAAUCCUUGUACCCUGAUGACCCUUUGAAGAGGGAGAAAGUCUACAACAAGUACAAGUCAUUCAUCAUACCUGUAAGUGUCAAGUUUCCAAAGGUGGGAAAAUGCUAGUCCAUAGCCAACUCCCUCGUCAGGGAAUAAAAUCUCUCUAAGAAAUGAUCAUUGGCAUUUUUUUUAAUCUAUUCAAGAAGAAUUUAAUGACCAACAGGCCUCUAGUUAAUUUUCUUUAUUUUCUUUUUCCAAAUGAUUGUUCAGUUGCCAUACGAACAGACUGCACAGUGACAAAGAUCUGGUAACAGUAUCUGUAUUAAGUACUGUGAAACGGGGUGACUUUGCCUUUAUUAUGCCUUUGUGAAUAAAUGUCUACAUGUUAACUGAUCUAAAAUCUAACACAAAGGAGCUAAUGUACAGAGUGGGCACCUACACUUUGUUGUUAUAGUUCAAUUAAGUUAUAGUACAGAGUGGGUGCCUAAAAAAAAAUAAUUUUGCUGUAAUCUAGUUAAUCUAGUCUUUAAGUUUAAGAAAAUAAUUUUGAGAAAAAAAUGCUGUUCAUUAAAUUCCUUUCAGAAGAAUCCAUAUUCUUAACACAUAUUACAUGCUCCGACAUAGGAGCCAAAAUGAUCAAUAAAUUGAUCGUGGGCCCUUAAGAUAUAGAAGAAGAACACAUUUAGAUAAACAUUGAACAAAUAAUAUUAAUUAGUUCAGUUUUUGUGGGUUUUAUGAAUUUUAAAAAAAAACUUUUAGACAUUACCGGUUAGGUACAGGGUUUAUUUAACAUACCGAUACGGUAUACAAUUAUUUGUAAAAUAAUAAAUUUUGUAUUUAAGUAGUAUUAUUGUUAUGCCCUGUUCACUAAUUCCUGUCAUGUUAAAAAUUGUUUUAAGACCUUUCAAUUAGUGUCAAGCCACAAAGGAUAGCUUUAUGCAAUAAAGAAAAAAAUUAAUUUUUAAAACCCCCCACAUUUAUGUACUGGGUUUAAGAUAGAUAUUACCUACCACCCUUAAAAAAAUAUUUAGAAAGAAAAAUGUUUGUUUUUUUUAUUUGUCGACGGCAGUGCCUAUGUCAGAUACAUAAUUGUUCAAAUGUUAAGUGAAUCUUAAGUUACACGUGAAGUUCAUGAUGAAGCUAUGAUGAUGACUAAUACUAAUAGCUUUUAUCUGUGUCUUGGUUGAUGGGAACGAAAUACUGUGCGACUCAAUUGGGGGUAGACAUGUUCCUCAUUUCCCUGACUUUUCUUUUGUUCCCAGGAGGAAGAAGCUGAAUGGAUAGGUCUGUCCGGGGACGAUGCUGUGGAGAAAGCCAAGAAGUUGCAGGCCGAGCAGAAUCCACCGCAGCCCCUCAAGAAUCUUUAUUUAGUUGAGCUGUUGAGGAGGCUGCAGCUUGAUAACCCCAAAGUGGGAAUCGUGAGCAAAGUCAACCCUUUCAAAAGUAAAGAUGGCGAGACGACGUCAAGAUGAUUCGACAACGCCGUGAUGAUUCGUGGCAGUUUGCAUACAGUCUGUUAUAUUCAUGCAUCUUGAUGGACAUUUGUUGGUGGAGAAAUGCAGUUUGUAAAAAUAGUUUCAACGUAAAUAAAAAAAAAAAUUCAUCAAGG